ACGGAUUGAAAACUAAAAAUGAAAAGUAUUCUGAAGUAAAUGGCUAUCUUUAUAAGUUAGUUAAUCGAAGUAAACAUUAAUGCUGCAUGUGGCUAACAGUAUAAUAAAAAAUGCAAAAAAUGAUUUUACAGUAAAAGAUUGCGAUGUGCCAACAAUUAAUAAGAUCCCAGCAUCAAAGCGAAUUCAGACAAAACCAAAAGAAAAUGCUCUAAGUGAAUACAAUGUAAUCACAAGAUGUGUAACAGAAUAAAGAAAAAGCUCAGGUAUACUUAUUGUUUGAUUAGUCACCGAAACUAGUAUUAAUGAAUAAAAAGAACAAAAAAGAAUUCCAUCUUAUUGUAUGAAAUGGUUAAACUAUAAAUAUCAUAAGAAAGUAAAUAAUUGAAAUUAAAAAAUAGGAAUUUGUUUAAUUGGAGUAGCAAUUUUACAAAAUACUAUAAUUAUAACCUGAAAAAGAAGUUGUUCAAUAAAUUGAAAGAGAUCUUUCAAGAACUAUAAAGGCAGAAAACUACUUUAAAGAAAUAAGAAAUAUACUUAUUGCAUUUUCAGUCUAUGAUCCAAAUAUUGGAUAUGUUUAAGGAAUGAAUUACAUAGCUUCUAUAUUAUUCAAUCAUGCAAAAUAAGAGUGGAUUGCAUUUUGGCUAUUUGUGAAUUUAAUAGAGUAAAUGGAAAUUAGAGAUAUUUUUUAAUUAUCACUUAAUGCAAUAAACAAAUACUCUAAAAUCUUAGAUUUUCUUGUGAGUAGGUUUUUACCUAAAGCAUAUGAAAAUUUAGGUUUAAAAUAGGUCAAUACUGAUUUAUACAUUCAAUAAUGGAUACUCAGUUUGCUAUUGCAAUUUAUUCCAUUUGAAUAUACCUAAAUGUAUUUGGAUGGAUUAUUCAAAUAAGGAAUAUCAUAUUUUUACAUGAUAGCAUUAACAAUCAUUAAAGUAUUCGACAAACCAAUACAAGAAGAGGAUUAAAUAGAAAUCUUAAUUUUGUUAACAUCAAAACAAUAUGUAAUAUUGAAUUAUUAAUUUAUUUAGAGUUAAUUGAAAUGGCCAUCUAUAUUAGCUCUAUAAUGGGACAUAAAUCCAGGUGAAUUGAGGGUGCUGUUAGAUUGUUUUGAUAGUGACACCAAUACUUUUCACAAACCAAAAUUCUAAACCCAUUGCUCACAGCUUACAACAAAUUUCUUCCAAUUUAUAAAAUGUAGUUGA